AUGGAGGAGAGCCACUACCUGAACUGCAAGUCACGAGCGCAGAACUACAACCCUCCGGUCGACCUACGGCUUUUGGAUUAUGUUUCCAUCUACGACAACAACCUGAUGUGCGCCAUCUGUCGCUGCCCCUUCGUCGAUCCCGUCGUUCUAUCUGAGUGCGACCAUGUCUUCUGCCGGGACUGCAUUCGCCAAAGCUGGAACUCGAACACCUCAUACACUCCACUCGGCCCUCGAGGCGACUGCCCGACAUGCCGCACGCCGGCCAAGCUUGGCCCUCGAUCAGCCACCAGCAAGAUUCUCGUGAAUCUGGUCGAUGAGUUGGUGGUACAUUGUCCAAAGAGAGACGAUGGCUGCAAGGCUGAAGUACGGCGUUGCGAGGUUCAAGAUCAUGUCAACAUUUACUGCGGCUAUACUGUAAUCGAAUGUACGGAUGACGACUGUACACUUCCUGUUCGGCGGAAAGAUGCAGCGCAAGGCUGUCUGCACUUUGGUGUUAGUUGCCUUUCAUGCCACAAAGAGCUGCAGAAGUGGAAGCUAGAGGCGCAUUGGAGGAGCGAGUGCGCGGAUCGACGAGUGCAUUGCGAUAUGUGCAAGAGCUCGGUGUUCUAUCGGGACCUCGAGGCGCAUAGGAAGGAGGCCUGCCCUGCGAUGAGUGUCUCCUGUCCUGGAAAAGCUUUGGGUUGUACGAGCAGGAGCAAGAGAGGCCACGCGGAGCUUCAUGCGAAGAGUUGUACAUUUGCGAAGCUGGCGCCGGUACUAUUGAAACAGCAAGAGCGCUUGGACGAGCAGGAGGCGGCGCAAAAAGAGAUGAGUCGGAAGCUGGAGGUGCUGGAGGGAGGCUUUCAAAAUAUGCAAGGCAUUCUAUACCCUCCUGGAGUGGAGACCAGUCAGAGAAGUGCGGACAACAGUCUUACACCCUCGUUACAGGAACGUCUGUUCGGCAGUGGUACUGCGGAGAGUACUACGCCAACCGGUACAGCCGCAGGAUAUGACUGGACUGAGUCUGCCGUGGACGAAGACGCAGUAUCACCAGCAGAGACCAUGCACACAGCGUUCAGCUCAGCGACAUCACCACGACAACGCGCAGCACCGCUGCCGCCUGGUCCUAGGCCGGCAGAUCUACCUGAGCCGUUCUCGUCCGACUUUGACAUCGCCUCACCGACUGGCUUUCCACCUCCAGCCACCAACGGCGGACCCUAUGCUUCUCCCCUCCAUCACCUCCUAUCUAUGCACGAAAGUUUGCGGGAUGAAAUGACCCGCGUCUCCUCCGCACUCUCAGAGCUGGAUGGCCGCCAUUCCAUGCAGAUCCUCAACGAGAACCUCCGCACUCGAGAAGAGAUCUCUUACCUCGCCGCGCAGACAGCGGGCUUACAGCGGCAGGUGCACUGGCUCACAUCGUCCGCUCUACAACGACAGCAGGGUCGUAGUCCUACGCCUGGCGCGUCGAGCUCAGGCGCGGGGGGUGCUAUGAUGGACGCCGGAGCUGGAGCUGGUGUUGAGGCCGCGGUUGGUGCGGUCAGUACGGCUGCGACGGCUUUGAGAGGGGCGGCGAGGAUGGUGAAUGUGGGCGGAAAUGGGUCCGGGUCUGGGACUGGGACUGGGAUGAGGAGAGGGACUAGUGAGGAGGGGAGGACGAAGCUAUGA